GGAUUCCUGGCGCUCCUGUCGCAGCAAUAACUAGGAAACUGCCAGUCAUUUCUUAAUCGUAUUGCGGUUAGUUGCCGUGGAAGUGCAUGUGAUUAGUAGUGUCGCGGAUUUAAUUUAAUUAAGCAAUUAAUCAAAACAUGGGAGCGGUACGGAUAAUUAACGACGACCGUCAUUUUCACGGCGAAUUGGCCAGUGCCGGGCAAAAGCUCGUCGUCGUGGAUUUCACUGCGAGUUGGUGUGGACCUUGUCAAAGAAUCGCUCCAGUAUUUGAGCAACUGUCGCUGAAAUACCCCAAAGCUGUAUUUCUGAAAGUGGACGUAGAUAAAUGUGCAGACACAGCUUCGGUACAAGAUGUACGUGCGAUGCCCACUUUCAUCUUUUAUCGCAAACGCGCAAAGCUUGGUCAGUGCCAGGGCGCAGAUCCAGUAGGACUAGAAUCGAAGAUCCAGCAGUUCUACGGUAGCGGUGACUCCGAUGACACGGACGACACCGUCGGGGAUUCUCUAUCUGGUCAUAUGGACUUGUCCAGUUUUAUAAUGAAACAGCAAUGCGAGUGCCUAAACGAGUCAGAUUAUCAUACUUUUCCUCAGUGUUUGAAUUCGGACAGUGGAUACCUUCAGAGCGACGAGGAUGAGCAACUAAUAAUAUCUAUUGCAUUUUCGCAACCCGUUAAAGUUCAUUCUCUCAAGAUUAAAACGACUGCAGAGAACGGACCGAAAAAUAUCAAAUUGUUUAUCAAUCAGCCCAGAACAAUCGAUUUCGAGAUGGCGAAUUCCAAUACGAGUGUCCAAGAUCUAACGAUGUCAGCCAAGGAUGUCGAAGAAGGAAAUCCCGUUCCACUACGCUAUGUCAAGUUCCAAAAUGUGCAGAAUCUUCAAAUAUUUGUGGUAGAUAAUCAGAAUGGUUCGGAAACAACAAGAAUCGAUCACUUAGUCAUAAUUGGCUCACCAAUUUCGACCACAAAUAUGGGAGAAUUCAAAAGAGUAUCUGGCAAGAAAGGAGAAAGUCAUUGAAACAUCUGCCUACAACUUUAAUAAUAUCAGGAUAUCAGAAAUUCUUAUUUGCGUAUUAACACAUUCCCCUAUUAUUUCUUUACAGUCAUCAGAUGUAUCAAGAUUUGGAAUAAAAUAAUCUCAUUUAAA